UAAUAAUUGAAAAUCUACCUGAUGAUUAUGUCAAAGAGUUGACUGUUCCUUUCAAACCAAGAGAGACAUUUAUGAGAGAGCAUGUAGUACCAUUUAGUAAAGUAACUUAUAUUGAAAAAGAUAAUUUUAGAGAAGAAGAUUCACCAGAUUAUUAUUGUCUUGCAAUUGAAAAUCCAGAUGGGAAUCCAAAUGGUUUCUUGGCAGAUAUAAAUCCAAAUAGCUUAGAAAUUGCUACUAAUUCAUUAGCAGAAGUUGGAUUAAAAGAAAUUAUUACCAGAUCAUCACUAUCAUCAUUUGACUAUUCUAAAAAAAAUUAUGAGAAUGUUCAAUUUCAAGCUAUUUGUGUUGGUUAUUUUGUCUUGAUAAAGAUUCUGGAUGGUGAUAGCAAGAAGAAUAGUUAUGUGUUUAAUAAAAUUGUUUCUUUAAAAGAGGAUCCAAAAAAAGACUUGGACAUACAAUUCAAAGAGGGACUCAAAAAGGGAUUAAAAAAGAAUUUAAAAAAAGAAUUAAAAAAGAAUUAA